AUGAAUCGCUUAAUUCGGCCAUCGCUUGACGCCAUAUUCAAGAAAAACAAAGAAUGGGUUGCCACGAAAACGAACGCCGAUCCUGCCUUUUUUGACAAGCUCUCCGCGGGGCAGUCGCCGGACUAUCUAUACAUUGGUUGUAGCGAUAGCCGGGUGCCUGCCAAUGAAAUCAUGGGCUUGGAGGCCGGGGAGGUUUUUGUCCACCGGAACAUCGCAAAUUUGGUCCCGAAUGUCGAUUUAAAUGUGAUGUCUGUCAUUAACUAUGCGGUUAGACACCUCCACGUCAAGCACAUCAUUGUUUGCGGCCACUAUAAUUGCGGAGGGGUGAAAGCAGCAUUGACUUCAGCUGAUUUGGGACUCCUGAAUCCAUGGCUUCGAAAUAUCCGCGACGUCUAUCGACUACAUGAACAGGAGCUUGACACGAUCAAGGAGGAUGACAAGAGGUACAACAGGCUAAUUGAACUCAACGUCAUUGAGUCAUGCAGAAAUAUUAUCAAAACUGCCGCUGUACAGCAAAGUUACGAGAACAACCAGUAUCCUAUUGUCCAUGGACUGGUAUUUGACCUUCGCGAUGGUCUACUGAGAGACCUGGAAGUCGAUUUCGAGUCGAUGCUCCAAGACGUCAAGAAAAUAUACUGUCUCUCACCAGGUAGCAAAACGGAAUGA